AUGUUAAUUCGUCCGAGUAUUGGAUUGAUUGUGAAAAUGGCCCUGGCGGAGGCCGCACACCCACUAAUCCCCGUUGUGCGCCGCGUCUCCUCUUUCGGAGGCCACCGUCUUCUUCUGAAGUUCUGUACGGAUAAGCCCUUGGAUUCCUCGAGUGGGAACCAAAGCCAACGGCAUGCGAGGGGGGCCAACAACGAGUGCCCCCCCCCCCGGUUCGUAGCACAACUCGAUUUCUUGGAAGCGGCGAACAUUGAGCCCUCUCGGGGCCAGCUAUGCAAGCCUCUCAUCUGGUGGAGCAACGAGUCUAACGAUGAGCUCUGCCGUGAGGUGCCAUCCACCACUAGACGUCCGUUGAGUGCCGCUUGGCAUAUCAGUGGUCGAUUUGGGCGUCCGUCACACUGGCUUUGCGGCAUCGCGUUGGCUAGCGAUGACGCAGCCGCCACUAGCAAGAGUUUCUCGCGCGCCUGGACUCUCACGGAUCCAUAUCACUCUCGAGCCGGCGCGGGGGGCGUUGGAUUGCUGACUGCGUCACCCGACCACGACCCCGCCAAAGCCGAGUUGAGUUGUCUCGACAGAUCUAGCAUACCAAUUCUGGACUGGCCGUCCCGGUUGGUCCAGCAGCUUGGUGACGGCCAAGCAUCAACCCUGACACCCCUGGCAUUGUUGACGGAUUGGCGGGAGCCUCUUCAGACUGGACUACUCUCGGUUGCCUCGAUAUGCUUGAAUGUUGAAGAGUGGACAGUUAAGACAGGCCGUUCGAGGUUGCGAUGGCUGGGACUAAGCAAGCCUCUCGAGUGGCCCGCGGCCCGCGGCUGA